AUGGAGAUCGAUCUCGUCAAACUCGUCGAAAACGUACGCCUCCAUGUGCCCCUCCGCUCCCCAUCCCUGUCCAUGGAGAACUUGGGUCUCUCCCGGGUGAAGCGUUCCCUGAGAUGGACGUGGCUGAGACUGUCCACGAAGCGGUUCCUCUCGGGCAACGGCGAGGCAGCGGCGGCGGGUUUGACCAACCCGCACCAAGGCUUGGCGGCCAUGCUGGAGGAGCACGACGGCGCGGACGUGACUUUCACCGUGGGUGACCGUCAGUUCCGCGCCGACAGGCGCGUGCUGGCCGCGGGGUCGCCGGUGUUCGCGGCGGAGCUCUUCGGCCCGAUGAAGGAGACCUCCACGCGACACGUCGAGAUCGACGACAUGGAGCCCGCCAUCUUCGAGGCGCUCCUGCACUUCGCGUGCACGGGCGCGCUGCCCGACGGCGCCGACGGCGUCGCGCCGCUGCAGCACCUGCUGGUCGCGGCGGACCGGUACGGGAUGUACCGCCUGAUGGCGGCGUGCGAGUGGAAGCUGUGCCAGAGCAUCGACGUGGAGUCCGUGGCGACCACGCUGGCCCUGGCGGAGCAGCACCACCGUGUGAAGCUCAAGAACGCCUGCAUCGGGUUCGUGUCCACCAAGAGCGUGCUCUCCGCCGUCAGGGAGACGGAGGGAUUCGCUCACCUGGUGGAGACCUGCCCGCUGGUAAUGGUGGACAUACUGGAGCAGAAGCUGCCGUCGAGUGUGACACGGUUCCUGACCCUGUGCGCGACGCAAGCUCAUCGGAGCCUCAUCCUGCUGGGGGCGCAGCUCCGGCGUGGCCUGAGCCGGUUCGGGACGAAGGUGGCCUCGUCGUUCCGCCGUUUGGGGAACCAUGUCGACUUGGUCCAAGUCGGCAUCGUCGUGGGGUUCUUCUCCACGUUUGGGCUUCUCGUCUUCCUAAUCAGAAAACUCGAGGGCGACAACGCGAGCCAAGACCAGCGCUGGCCACCCACGUUCAGUCGGCUCCAUAUCCAACAGAGUCUCCAGGAGUUACGGUCUCGGAUCGCCCAGCAACAGUCCCCCUUGCCCUUCUCUCCGAUAGCUUCGCUCCAAGGGUGGCUCCGCCGGCAAGACCUCUCGUCCUGGCUCCCCAAGGUCAGCUCGCUCGCCCGUCUCCAAGAGUUCCAGGAAUCCGCUUGGCUCAACUCAGAUAUAUGA